AUGCUGCCUAACCUGUCGAACACAUGCCAGCUGCAACUGCUGAUCCCCGUGUCCAUCGAGCCCGCGUGGGUGUCAUCACGGCGACAAGCGUUACUGGACCUUAAAACUAUCCUGAGUGUCCGCGUUUCGAGUCGCAAAGGCAAGGGCCGCAACGCUGUUUACACUGUCGAGGUUUUCUGCAACUGUCUGAGCGAGAGCUCGACCAGGCCGCUUAAGGCGGCAGUGCGCACGGAGAAAACGUUGAGUGACUUCGGGCAACUUCGCCGCGACAUUUACGACACUGCGUGGUCGGCUCAUGAGCAUGUGCAUUGCGAGUUUUGCACCGGGCUCGUUGAACUUUAUGUGCUGGGCAGCGCCGACCCGGAAGCACUGGUGCUACGGCUGCUGGGAGAGGAGCGGGCACUCCGCAAGCUCACCAAACUGCUCAAUGAUCUUCUCACUCUCACUGUCCGUAACUCUUCAACCGACGGUCGCAGUGUGUGCUCAGGUCAAGCCCACAUUCCUCAGACACUGUACAGCUUUCUGUUUGACAUUACACCUGCUUAG